ACGACUGGCGUCUGCUAUUAUAGCUGUCUGUCACUCAUUUCCUCAGUAUGUUGUAUCUUUGCUAAUCAAAAACAACACUACUGAGAUUGAGAUUCAAGGUACAACGUUUUGAAAUGCAAUGACGUACCAAUUUUGAACCAAUCCAGUCAUUUAUGUAAUUAGUUAUUUGACGUUUGCUUAUUAUGUUCAGUGUUACUUAUUUUGAUUACUGUACUUCUAGGUUAUAAAACUUCUUUUGAAUAAUUUUGCAUCGUUCAGUGACCGUGUAAUAAUCUUUCUAAAAUAUGACUUCUAAAUCUUAUGGUAAAGUGAAUGAAGACUUGGAUAAAGAAAGAAAAACAUGUACAUUCAACACAUCAGAACUUACAUACUUGAUAGAAGGAGGAGAAGAAAAAACUAAGGAAAGAAGAGAACUGGAAAAUUUCUUUCUCAGUGAUCCUGAGCUGAAAGACAUCGGAGCAGCGGGCGAAUAUUCCAGCCAUGUUGAAAAAUACCAAGAAGCUAUACGCAAGUCAUGUAUUCUGUUCAAAAAAAUUCAGGACUGGCAAUCUUACAAAAAUUGCGGAAGCUCUGUCGAUAUGUACCAGUCCCAAUCUAGCAACAAUGUUGAAAACAAUAAUAGUAAACUGGUUUCGAAUGAUUCAGUAACUGAGAAUGAACUAGCAAAAAACAAGCAUUAUAUGCUAAACAUCUAUCUAGAAUAUAGGUCAAUUCUUGGUGGAACGCUGGGUAGUGCCAUUAUGAAAGAUGGCAUGCCUUUUGUCGUGCAUUAUGUGAUGUUCAUUCCCGCCCUAGUGGGUCAAGGCACCCUACAACAGCAAGCAUAUUGGAUUAGCAGAGCUUGGAAUUGUGAAAUUAUUUGCACUUAUGCUCAGACUGAACUAGGUCAUGGAACAUUCAUAAGAGGCCUCGAAACAACAUCAACCUACGAUCCAGCAACUGAAGAAUUCGUUCUCCACAGUCCGACGUUGACAUCAUACAAGUGGUGGCCUGGUGGUUUGGGACAUACAGCAAACUAUGCACUGGUCAUGGCACAGCUCUAUACAAACGGAGUUUGUCAUGGAAUUCAUCCUUUUGUCGUUCAAUUGAGAGAUGAAGAAACCCAUAUGCCAAUGCCUGGAAUAAAGAUUGGUGAAAUAGGAGCAAAACUAGGAAUGAAUGGUACGAAUAAUGGCUAUUUAGGCUUUGAUCAUGUCAGGAUACCUCGUGAUCAGAUGCUUAUGAAAAAUGCUCAAGUAUUAAAGGAUGGAACAUAUCAGAAAUCUCCAGGUGAUAAGUUGGCCUACGGAACGAUGAUUUUUGUAAGAGUGGCCGUUGUUAAGGGUGUGGCUGCCAGCUAUCUGGCCAAAGCCGUUACUAUAGCCACUAGAUACAGUGCUGUAAGAAGGCAAUCUGAAAUGAAACCUGGUGAGAGAGAGCCUCAAAUCCUAGAUUAUCGCACUCAACAAUAUAAAUUGUUCCCAGCGAUUGCCACCAGUAUUGCAAUGUUCUUUUCGGCCAAAUGGCUGUGGGAUAUCUACAACACUGUAACGCAUGAAUUGGAUGAGGGCCGGCUGGAACAACUACCUGAGCUGCAUGCAAUGGCGUGCUGCCUGAAAGCGGUGUGCACGGCUGACGCGGCGGUGGCGAUUGAGGAGUGCAGACGCGCGUGCGGAGGUCACGGCUACAUGACUUGCAGCAACUUCCCGGCCACCUAUGGCAUGGUCACCGCAGCCGAGACCUACGAGGGAGAGAAUACUGUGCUCUACUUGCAAACGGCGAGGUAUCUUGUGAAAUGUUGGCACCUGACAAGGAGCACAGAGCUGCCAGCCACCGUUCAAUACCUGAGGAAGGCGACGUCGAGAAGACGGCCCUGGAUCAACAGCCUCCACUGUUUGGCCGAGGCUUUCGAACAAGUGGCUGCCGGGUUAGUUGAAGUAUCAGCGUCGAAAAUUGAUAUUUUCUCUAAGAAGGGAAUGGCACCUGAAGAUGCUUGGAAUUCAGCAGCUAUUCAACUUGUGGAAUCCGCGGAGGCUCACUGCAGAUCAUUCAAAUUGAACACUUUCAUCAAUGUGAUUGAAACAAAUAGAGACUUAUCUCCAGAGCUGAGGAAAGUUCUGACCCAACUGUGUGAACUCUAUGCUGUUUAUUGGGUUCUUAAGAAAGUCGGCAAUUUCUUGAUGUACUCGAACCUGCGCAAAGAGGACGUGAAAAGCCUGCAGGACUGGCAGGACGCGCUGCUGGUUGCGAUCCGACCGAACGCCGUGGGCAUUGUUGACAGCUUCGACAUCCGCGAUGAGAUCCUCGGCUCGGCGCUCGGCGCCUGGGACGGCAACGUGUAUCAGCGCCUGUUUGACGCCGCCAACGAGUCGCCCCUCAACCAGAAGCCUGUCGACGACUCCUUCCACAAGUACAUGAAGCCCUUCCUCAAGUCCAACCUAUGAGUGCCACACGGUGCAGGUUAGGGUCUCCCAUAUUAGAUCAAUGUUUUUUGUAUUGUUAUCGGUAAGUCUUUCUGUUUCGUAUACUGUUUCUUAUUAGUACGUGCAGCUGUAGUGAGGAGAGCUA